AUAAGCUUAAAAAUAUAUCAAAUCAAUUGAGAUAAGAGAAAAUGGCGAGGAGCUUAUCGGCAACAGAUUAUGGAGCGUUCAUGGAGAAAUUCAGUCUGCUGCCUCACUCUUCGUCUCAGCAUCUUCCCCUAGCUUCCCUUACCUUUGCUGUUAAAGAUAUAUUCGACGUGGAGGGUCAUGUCACGGGCUUCGGGAACCCGGAUUGGGCGAGGACGCACUCGGCUGCCUCAGCGACUGCCCCGGCUGUGCUGUCCAUGCUCGAGGCAGGCGCAACAUGUGUUGGCAAAACAGUGAUGGAUGAAAUGGCUUACAGCAUAAAUGGUGAAAAUGUUCAUUAUGGAACACCAAGAAAUCCAUGUGCAGCAGAUAGAGUGCCCGGAGGCUCCUCCAGUGGUUCUGCUGUAGCAGUUGGAGCAACACUUUCCGAUUUCUCCUUAGGUACUGAUACUGGAGGAAGUGUGAGGGUUCCAGCUUCAUACUGCGGAAUCUACGGCUUCCGCCCCUCUCACGGCCUCGUCUCCACAUCUGGAGUCACGCCAAUGGCUCAGAGCUUCGACACAGUCGGGUGGUUUGCUAGGGAUCCGGUUAUAUUGAAGAAGGUCGGGAAGGUUCUGCUGCAACUGCAAGAUGAUCAUAAUGCUAGUAGAGUUGAUCAGCUUAUUGUCGCUGAAGAUUGUUUCGAUCUCGUAAACAUCCCUCCUCGCCAGCUCAAAGAUGUUCUCACAACCUCUGUCGAGAAACUAUAUGGAAGUCAGAUAAUACGAUACACGAAUUUGGGUGAUUUCAUUGAAUCAAAACUCCCAAAUCUAAAGGUUUUCAUGAACACAACUGGUGGAGCAAAAGAGGAUAAUAUACCGCCAUCAUUAGCAGCUCUCUCAACCGCCAUGAGAUUGCUUCAAAGGCAUGAGUUCAAGAACAAUCAUGGCGAAUGGGUCGAGUCAGUCAAGCCCAGUUUAGGCCCCGGCAUAUCGGAACGAGUCUGGGAAGCUGUCAGAUCUACGGAUGAAAAUAUCACCGUGUGUCGUUCGCUCCGUGGCGAGCUGCGUGCAGCUCUCGAUGAUCUAUUGGGGGAUUUCAGCAUCUUGGCGAUGCCUACGGUUCCAGGGCCACCACCGAAACUACAAACGGACCCAACGACAUUGGAAAGCUUUCGUGCCAAGGCCUUCAGCUUGCUUUCUGUAUCCGGCGUGUCCGGUUUGUGCCAGGUGAGCAUACCAUUAGGUACGUACGAAGAUCUCCCGGUCGCUGUUUCGUUGGUGGCGAAACAUGGCUCAGAUGGGUUCUUGCUUAGCUUUGUGGAGACUCUUCACAAAGCUCUCAAGGAGGAAUGCAUACUUUCUUGAGGUAAAAAAGUCAUAUGCAUACCCAGAAUUUAUGCCAGAAAAAUAAGAAGCAAGAACAAGAGUCGGCUGGUGAGCCCGAUACAACAAACGUGUAAAAGGUCGUUAUAUUAUACAUCCAUCGUAACAGUCACACAUAUACGGA